AGGAGAAAAAACAACACUGGGGGGAAACUGAGUAAGAGGGAACAGCGGAAAAUAAAGGAGGUGGAGGCAAAAAGUGAAAUAACAGGAGAUUAGCGGGAAGAUUGGAGGAGCAGGUUGGAAAGAGAGCGAGAAGGCAUUGCGCAAGUGGAGAGCGAGACUUGCCAUAUAAUAUAUUUUCUUUAGAAGUCCUUGCUUUUUAGUGAAGAAUUUUUUGUCUCCCAUUUGCUUAUUAAAAGGAGGUGACACCAUGACAACAGAGAUGCAGGAGAUCGCCAUCACGGAGGAGAAGCCGUUACUCACGGGUCAGGCUGACGCCAAGGAUGCUGAGCUGGCUGCGAGGAUACUGCUGGACCAAGGACAGGAGCACAGUAUCGAGACCCCACACGGUGUUCUGCACGUGACCCUCCACGGCACACGAACCACCCGCAGGCCCGCCAUCCUCACCUUCCAUGACGUGGGUCUGGACAGUAAGAGCUGCUUCUCUCCUCUGUUCAAGUUCGAGGAGAUGCAGGAGAUUGUGAAGAACUUCACCCUGAUUCACGUCGAUGCUCCGGGGCAGGAGGAGGGGGCUGCUGCCUACCCCACAGGUUACCAGUAUCCCUCCAUGGACACCGUAGCAGAGAUGAUUCCUUCCGUCCUGCAGUUUUUCAACUUCCGCACUGUAAUCGGAGUGGGUGUGGGAGUGGGAGCGUACAUCCUCUCCAAGUUCACACUUGCAAACCCAGAUUCAGUUGAAGGUCUGGUUCUGGUCAACAUCGACACUAACGCUCGAGGAUGGAUCGACUGGGCUGCUCAGAAGCUCAGCUCCGUGACGUCCUCCCUCACAGAGCAGAUCCUGUCCCACCUUUUCAGUCAGGAGGAGCUGUCAUCAAACACAGAUCUCGUGCAGUCCCACAGAGAGCGCAUCUCCAAAGCUUCUAAUCUGGUCAACAUAGAGCUCUUAUGGAAGACUUACAACAGUCGCAGAGACUUGAACAUCGACCGUAACAGCACCUUCAAGUGUCCAGUAAUGUUGGUUGUGGGAGAUCAGGCUCCAUAUGAGGACGCUGCCGUGGAGUGCAACAGCAAAAUGGACCCUACAACAACCUCAUUCCUAAAGAUGGCUGAUGCUGGUGGUCUCCCUCAGCUGACUCAGCCUGCUAAACUGACUGAGGCUUUCAAGUAUUUUAUCCAGGGAAUGGGCUACAUGGCUUCGUCUUGCAUGACCCGCCUGUCCCGCUCUCGCACCACCUCCCUCUCCUCCUCCUACUCCAUGGAUGGGUCCCGCUCUCGCUCCCGCACCCUGUCCCAGGGCUCGCAGGGCGGCCAGAUGCCGCCCAGCCCCUCCCAAACGAUGGAGGUGUCUUGCUGAAGGAAAAAAGAAAGAUGUUAGGGAGAGAGAGAGCGAGAAAGAGAAGAGGGCGAAGGCGAAAGUAAGGGAAAGAUGAAGCAUGACGAUAAUGUAGGAACAAGACGAAUGGGUUACUUAUUUGUCACUAAACAACUCCCAUCAUUCCCCACAAGAGCAGAACAGGACUAGACACAGGAAGAGGGAGGGAGGAAGAGAAAUAGAGGGAUCUCAGAGGAAGAUAUCUUCUACAUUUUGCACCACAUACAAGUCCAGUCUUUCUCCUCACAUCCCCCUUUCAGCCGAAAACAAAGUGGAUUGGGCUGUUCUACAAUGAAUAUCGGAGGUGUAGGCAAGAAGAGAUUAAUAAAAAGGGGGGAGGUGGGGAAAGAGUGGCCAUCAAUCCUCUCUCCCUCCCUCUAUUGGAGCCUCCGUCAGCCAAUAGAGCCCUUUAAUUUAGAUACGGAGGCCUAUAGAGUCCAUACACCUCGCGUUAACCAAUAGUAAUAAUCCUGAAAACGGUAUUGUUGUUAUUGCUGAUGAUAAUGUUGUUUGAUGAUAAUAUUGAAGCUAAUGAUGAUAAUAGAAAAAAAAGUAACACUUUUUCUCUUUAUUACGCAAUGAGUUUAAAACGACAUAGAUUAAAACAUAAAAAAAACAUACUAUAGCAGAGAUACUUAUAACAAUGUGUGUCUACUACUUUUUAAGCUAGUUUUUAUUGUGUUAUUUUAAUUUCUUUAUUCGGAUUUUCUUUUCGCAUUCAUAACCUGCCUCAGCGGACGGCUGACGUUGCUGAUUGGUUGACCCGUCGCGCGGUGACAGCCAAUGAGAGCCAUUAUAGUGACUACUUCCUCCUAGAUGUUGCCAGGUUGUUUAUGUCUUCCAUUUGCCCCGUCUAUAAGUGACUGUUUAGUUUUCCCAUUGGAUUUUCGGAGGUGGGCAGGAAGGUUUUUUUUUUUGUUUGUUUUGUUUUUUUAAAGGACUUGGAAGUUGCAUGCCUGGUAUCAGCUCAUGUGUAUAUCGACUGAAUAAUAUUUUUUUCUUUUAUAUUCUGCUUGUGAGUUGUGUGGAUUUGGGUGUGUGUGUCGUUUUGUUUCCAUGGAGCGUUUAGCGAACGUUACGGUCUGAAGGUAAGCAUAGGUGAGACUGAGGGUGUUAGCUUUAGCUAGCUAGCACUCUGUCGUUAACACUAGUCGCACACUAAAUAGUGCUUCCAAUAUUGCUGGCAAUCUUGCCCUGCGUGUCUUAAUAUCCACGCUUGUGUUCUACCCAACUGGGUGCAUUAUAUCGCCAAGUAGCAUGCUAGCAUGGAUAUUGCAUUGCAGCGUGGCCAGAAGGGAUCACUGUGUUUAUCGCCUGGGUUGUAAUCUUUUAGCCUUGCCCGUGCAUGGAUACCUCCUAACAAACCCAGCUAGCAUACUUGAGUUUCUGUGCGUUGUGAGGUAAAAUGAACUAGCAACAAGCGGCUUUAUUCAAGCAAUGGGGUCAAGAGAAUUGUGUUGUGAUUGUUGAGAUAUUUGUAUGUCUGAGGAAGUGAAUGCGAGGUGUUUGUAAGCGCUUUUGUCGUGUAAGCAAAUAUGCGAAACCUAGGAUAGCAAAGAAAUGUCCCGCCUUACUCUACCUCUUAUUGGCUUACCCUGACUUUUUUUUACCCUAAACCUAAUAUCUCAUUUCGGUUGCCUAAACUUAUAUAAUCCAACCAAUAUCUUUUUACCGCCAAAAUUAGUGCAUGUAUGCAGUUGCUUUUUUUUUUUUUUAACCCGCUAACACUAGACACUGCUAUAGACUGCUCUCCCAUUGCAAGUAGAGCAGAGCUGUGUACACGGCUGUGUAGCAGACAAAAAUGGCUUAAAGGCAGGCCAGAAAA